AUGUGUCAAUUGAUUGUUGCCAUCUUUGAAAUUUGCUCGUUAUUUCGCAACACUGGAACGGCGAUGAGUCUUCUAUUCCCACUUCUCAAGUCAAAUCAUAUUAUUCUCGAUACUGUCACUGCUACUGAUUUGGAUACUGAGCUACAGGACCAUGUGCGAGGGCACCGCAUUCAUUUUGAAUGA